AACGGUUUCUGAACUCUCGAUUGGUUGUUCAGUUUCGCGUUUCUGCGUUUACGUUUGUUGGUCGUCUCGCUCGCUCCGAUACGGCGAACGAAAUGUUUCGCUAUCUAUUUCCCGCGAAAAUAUUCAUCGGCCACAAGUACCGAAGAAACAGGACCGUAAAUUUAUUACCAAUACACGGACAAGGAAAAAAUGAUAACCUAAAACCCCCUCCGAAUCUCGACCGAGUGCAUCGUGACGAUAAGGUUAUGUUCGUGAUUGUGUUUACAUUCGCGGCUGACGCCGCUGAAGAUGAUGAUAGUGACUGUGUUUUGAGCGCGAUUUGAAGCAUCUUCGCACAGCGCGAUGGAUUCAUUGCGUAUAUUUCACAAUUUCAGACUGAACGAUCUCAGCGAGAGUUGGAUAAAGUCGGUCUGGGACGCCGAGUUCGUCAUCUACGACGAACCGCCUGACGAUUAUCUAUUGUAUCUGGAGAGCGACGACGUGAGAUUGUUGCUUCAAAAAUCCUGUCUCGUGCUGAGAGACUGGAUAGCCGCGAACGAAUGCGAGCGAAGCAAAUCCUCCGAAUUCUCGUGGCAAGCUCUGAUGCUACUGAACAUCAACAUGCGCGGUCUGCUUGCCAUACUGGGUUACAUAAUGAAGACCGGCCAGAGCGCCAAUAACGACCAGGUCUCCAGACAGGCUUGUCUGGAGGCCACAAGCUUGUAUCUUUUGUUUCUCACAAUACCCGGUAGCAAUGCGUUCAGAAUUUAUCAUCCUAAUUUGUAUCAAAGAGCCAUCGAGACUCUGAAGAUGUCAGAGAAUUUGUUUCCCGCCACAGAGAGGAAUAUCACAGAUACGACAGAUUCCGGUAUGGAUGACGAAUUACCGGAUUAUUAUUUGUUAGAUUCCGAGAGAGCGAAGCUCACGGAAAGUUUAAAUAGAAUUAUCACCGAUCUCAUUGCAAUGUCGAAGUUUUUCUGGUUUAAAGAUCACGCGGAGUCUUUGGACAUCACGGUUCGCACAUUGCUGGACAUCACAAAAUUAGAGAUGCACGUUAAGAUUUGCAAUAACAAUUAUAAGAUAAAGUUGCUGUCUCAGAAAGCGUCCGCAGCUUUGCGGGAGCUGUGCGGUAACAAUCACGGCACCGUCACCUUAACAAUAACGUUAAUAGUGCAGUACAUGUUACCGGAUUUGUUGUUUAAUCACGCAAACGCUCAACCAAAGUCUGUAACCAUUGUUCACGAAGCGGCUAUAUAUUUUCUGAAGAGUUUAUUGAACGUUCACGAAAACGAAACUGUACAGGUAAUUGUGACUCUGAUGCAUCACCUGAUGGUGAAAUGUCCAGAAAGAUUAGAAGGUCGUCAGAGACAGGCAACUCUGAUAAUAAAAUUGCUAAAUAUGUGCGGCGAGAACGUUGUUGUGAAAAUAUUCAAAGACAUAGUAUUAUUCUCUUACAACACCAAGAUAUCUUAUAGAUUGUUUGCUCAAGAAAUUAUAGGAAAACUCCUGACGGAAGCUUUUCUGUCGAACGGUGAUUUAAACAAACAUAUCAAAAUGAAGAUGAGAAAAAUUCUAAUAGCCGUUGUAUUAUCCCGUUGCGCGGAUCGCUCGCCGUUGGUGAGAGGAAAAGCUAUGGCCACCCUUACUUCGGUUUCCGAUUGUACCGACAACGACGACGAGAGCAUUCUCAGAAGCAUAUUCGAAACUUCAACUCCGAACAAAGCGUUUCUCACGUUCGACGAAUUGAAAAGAUCAUUCGCGAAAGACGUCGUCGAUCCGCUGCCGGGAUCCAACACUUUGGUUCUGAUGUUUCUCGACAGGAUUAACGACGAGCGCGCGCUGGUGCGACGAAGCGCGUUGAAGAUCUUUCGAAACCUGUCCAUCAUGUUUCCGUCGCUUAUGAGCAAGGUAACGCACGUGAUAAGCGACCGUUGCCGAGAUCCAACACUGACCGUGCGCCAAUUCGCGGUGCACGUUCUUUCCGAGAUUCUCGAGCGGUUUCCUCACAACUUGAGCCUUCUCGAUGUUUGGGUGCAAGCUGUCGUGCCGCAGAUCUACGACAUCGAGGCGAAGGUGCAGGAAAAGGUGCUGGAGUGCCUGGAGAUCAUACUGAUAAAGAAGAUAACGAGCGCCGAUCUGUACGUUCCGGACGUCGCGAGCAACUGUCUCCCGUGGAGAGUCUUGGACACGCUGAGCAAAAUGAGAAUGACGAAACAUCUGUCGAAGGCCUGCGGUUUGUGGAUCAGAAAUAGCGUUAUCACCAAGUCCGUAAUAUCGAACCUACAGUCUCACAUCGGUACCGACAACACCAUAAGCGCGUGGAUACUGCUGGCAGCUCUGGCCGAGAACAUGAAGAUUCCGAAUAUAAACAGGCACAUCGCGGAUUAUAAAGAAAUUAUUCAGAAGAACGACUUCCACGCGAGUUUGAUGUUGCAGGUUUUGAGACACACUUGGUCAACCCUGGAUCGCGAUCGUCUCGAGGAUCUCCGUCAACAUUUUUACGAAUGUAUUUCGCAAUUCAAAAUCAAAUCCAACUUGAUCGGUAUUUGUUUGGACAUUCUGGCAGGUGUGCUUCGACACUUGCACGCUGACAACAGUUUGAUCGAAUCGAACAUGACGAAACUGCUGGAGUUGUCGGAAGCGGAGAUUGGAGACUUGAGAUUGGAGGAGCACGAAAGUCAUGAGAAUAUACUUGUGAAGAGCAGAGCUGUGUUCACUCUGGGUCACGCGUCGCUCUUGUGCACCCACAGAAUAUCAUCGUCGACGUUGCGAACCCUCGCCAAAUUAUUGCUGCACUGGGACUCGCUACCGGAGUCUCUGAAGGAGAUGAAAGAACUGCAGGCGUCCGCUGUGGUGCUCCUUUGUCAGCAAGGGCUCAGGGAUCGCGACGUCGCGAAGCAAGUUACUCGAGUAUUCAGCACCUUGAUAUCUCAGGAAACGGACUCGAGCUCGCCAACGAAAAUCGCCAUCAAGAUCAACGCAGCGAAAGCACUGGCCGACAUCUGCGUGAGAUUCACCGCUCUGGUGGAGCCGUAUCUGACGGACAUGUGCAUCAGCAUGAAGGACUCGAAUCCGGCUGUGAGAGAAGCCAUAGUGGUGAUAUUCAUUCAGUUGUUGCUGGAGGAUUUCAUCAAGUUGAAAGGACGAUUCUUCUUUCACAUACUGACGAUGCUGUCGGACACGGAUAAAAUGAUACGCGAACUGACGAUCUUUCUGGUGGAGGAGAGACUUCUGGCGAAAAAUAAGACUUUGAUUUCCCAACAGUUUUUAGGUAGUAUUUAUCACUACAACGACUACCGGUCUCAGAAUGCGUUUUGCAACGGGCACAGAAUGCGCGAUCAGGAGAAGAAACUGUUGACGUUACCCGGGAUUCAGAAUCAGGACAAACGUAACGUCAUUUACGAAUUUAUGCUGGAACAUCUGGACGCGCCCGCCAAGUACGAAUUAACUGCGAAACUGACGAGACACGUGCUUCGCGAGGUGUGCGACGGCAAUUCCAUCGACAUCACAACCGAAGAGGGCGCGUGUGUCCUGAGGGACACGGUUUUCAUAAUGAACAAUCAGCGGAUGCAGCUCUCGUCCUUCAGCGAGAAGCACAGAGAUGACACGGCGGAACUCGACGAGACGAUCGGUGCAAAUUCAUCAAGUGCAAUGAAUAAUAACGGUGCGAGCGUAGCUGUGACGGCAAUAAAGAGACACAACUUGGAGAAUCUGUUGCCUACGUUAAUAACACUUAAAAAAAAAUUGGCUACUUUGAAGUCAUCGUUGGAAGGCGACGUGGAGAGUCUGUUAUUCAAGAUUUAUUCGGAAUACGAGAAGGAACAUCUGUUCACCUUGUUAAGCGAAUAUCCUGAACUGGAAAAAGAAAUGGAUUCUUAUCAACGGAGACUGAAAGAUAAAACGAUUCCGGAAAACGACAACAGUAGUGCAAACAUAAGUACGUCAUCAUCCGUUACAAAUUACAAGGAAUUGUUAUUAAGUGCAAGUCAACAAAAGAUACCCGAGGUUCGACUUCGUCGUCUUUCGUUAAAUUCCGGUCAUUGUUUGCGAAUCACAGCGUCUUCCGAUACAGUAAUUGCAGAUUCGAAACACUUGGAAACGGUGUUGGAAACACCACCUCCGGAGCCGAACUUUAGUACCAGCACGCCUUUGUUAAUUCGAAGUCCAAAGUGUAACGAUUCCGCGAAAAAGUUGCUCAGAAAAAGAUCGCUGAGCAAUCACGCAAUUCUAACCAACUCUUCUCCGCGCAAGGUUUUGAAAAGCAGCGCGAACUGACAGUGAUGAUUUCUCGACGAGAGAAAAUUUAAACAAAAUUCAGGGAAAUUUAGCAUAAUUCUAUAUAUAUAUAUAUAUACGCGUACAAAUUUUACACCUACCUCGUAACUUUCGCUGUACGUGAAAAGCCGUUUGUGAGAUCGUGUACGAGCGAGUUUCCAAUUCCUUUUGCAUA